CACCAGGCCCCACACGGCCAGCUGAGUGGCCACUAGUGGAGAGGGAGGUCUGAGGGGCUGAGAGGUGUCCCCAGGCCCAGCUGCAGCAGCAGAAGCUCAACAGGCAGCAAGGACUGGGGUUCUGUCCUGUAGCCUGAAGGCCUAGGAAAAGGCUGAGAGAGGAGCCGGAAUGGGGGCUACGAUGGCGCCAAGGGAGCAGAGAGGGGAGAGGCAGAUGUCCACGACCAUGGGGACAGCAGAAGGGGGUGAGGUGGCCCCUGGGGCCCCCAAGCCCACCCACAUUGACGUGCACAUCCACCAGGAGCCUGUGCUGAACCUGAGCUGCCUGCAGUGGCCUUCUGCCCCCAACACUAUCCCCUGGACCCCAGGACACAGACGGCUGCUCGUGGCCUCCUGGGUGGUGCAGGUCGUGCUGGGGCUGAUGAGUGGGGUCCUGGGAGGACUUGGCUGCCUCACAUUCCAUGAAAAUUACCCGUAUUCCAUUACCAGAUGGGUCGCUGGCAUCUGGACAGGGGUUGUGGCUAUGCUGGCUGGAGUCGUAUGCUUCCUCUACGAGAAAUGGGGUGGCACCUGCUGGGCCCUGCUGAGGACCCUGCUCACCCUGGCAGCUUUCGCCACAGCCAUUGCUGCCAUCUACACUGGGGCUUAUUAUUUCCAGGAAUUAAGCGAUGAGUUCUAUCAGGCAUUGUGUACUAGCCGCCCCUCCUGGGAGCCUACCCGCCCCCCCUGGGAGCCUACCCACCCCACCAGCCCUCCUGAAGAAGCCAACAGGCAGCACCUGUGCCUGUCCUACCUGCACCUGGUCAAGGCCCUGUCCAUGGGCCUUAGGGCCAUGCUGUUGAGUAUCUGGGUUCUGCUGUUUCUGACUUCUCUGACCCCCAUGUUUCUGUACUGCUGGAGAAGAAGACUCCAACCCAAGGAGGAAAAAGACCAGAAGCCACUGCUGGGAGCAAGUAAAAUCUAGCCCUGCCUCUCCUGAGUACUCAUGCCUGGAGCUCCUCCUGAACCCAUGUCCCUGCAUCUGACUCCUGGAAUAAGAGCCAGACCAAGGAAAUGAGACCCUCCAGUGGCCCCAGUUGUCCUGCCCCACAGCCACGGCCACAGCCACAGCCCUGCUCCACCACCCCUCACAAGUGCCUCUCACCCAUUUCUUUUACACCUCCACCAUCCUGCCCCACUUCAUGUCCCCUCUUGAGCAGUGAUGAUAAUAAACUCUUACGUUGUUGCUCCCA